UGCUUUCUGAUGACUGCAACGGUCUCUUUUGCCCCACAGGAACCUCAGCUGAAAGGCAUCGUGACAAGAUUAUUCAGCCAGCAGGGGUAUUUCCUACAGAUGCUCCCAGAUGGGGCGAUCGAUGGGACCAAAGAUGAAAACAGUGACUACACCCUCUUCAAUCUGAUUCCUGUGGGGCUUCGUGUGGUGGCCAUCCAAGGUGUGAAAGCCGGCCUCUACGUGGCCAUGAAUGCCGAGGGGUACCUCUACAGCUCAGACAUCUUCACGCCCGAGUGCAAAUUUAAGGAGUCGGUCUUUGAAAACUACUACGUUAUUUACUCCUCUACGCUGUAUCGGCAGCAAGAAUCCGGGCGAGCCUGGUUCUUGGGACUCAAUAAAGAAGGGCAGAUCAUGAAGGGGAACCGGGUGAAAAAGACUAAGCCCUCGUCACAUUUUGUACCGAAACCCAUAGAAGUGUGCAUGUACAGAGAGCCAUCCCUGCAUGAAAUCGGAGAGAAACAGGGACGCUCCAGGAAAAGUUCAGGGACGCCCACCAUGAACGGAGGCAAAGUUGUCAACCAGGACUCAACAUAGCGGAGAGACGCGUGCCACCCACCCCCUGCAUCCGAUGUCUCCCCGCCCGCCCACUCGUCCGCCCAUCCCAGCGAGCCCUCACUGAGACAGCGAUAAACUGAGCAAAGCAGGAGAUUCCAGCCACGGCCGAGAUUCUGAACUCAACCCUUCCCUUGGUGUCGUCGGAGAAGUUCUUGCUCUUGCAAAGUUUUAGAAUACAGUACAAAUACACACACACAGACACACAAAGUGAAGGGGAGGGGGGGAAAGGUAUAUAUUUUCAAUCCGGACUCCAUUAACAUUUUACAAACAGCAAAACUGUUUGCUCUGUGAUUUAAGGGGGGAAAUUGUUCAUCUCUGCAUAAGAAAAAAUAUAAUUAUAAUUAUAAUAAAUUAUUCUCUAACAGUAAUAAUAAAAAAUAUACA